AUGGCUCAACUUUCAGUCGUAGAUGGUUUCUGGAGGAGUUCAAGGAGAGAUCAGAAAAAGUCUCCCGCCUCCGCGCCCCCCAAAAGAGGAUGUCAGUCUGGGGGCGGCGGGGGGGGGGUUCGUCUCCGCUGCUGGCGGGUGGAUUCCAAACCCGCGGGGCUCGGCCCCCUCCGGUCGCGGCCGGCCUGGGGCCUCGGCGCCGCGGGCAGUGUUUACACCUGUCACGAGGGAGGGGAGGGGGUGGGGGGAGGGAGAAGGAGGAAGCCCGUGCAAAGCCCCAAACUUCUCCACAGCUCCCGGGAAGCGGCGGGCAGGUGGCGGCGGCAGGCCAGGGCGAGUCCGCGGCGGCAGGACCGGGAUGGGCUCCAACUCCCCCGAUCGGAGCCUGGGAGGGCGAGCCCGGACCGUGCCAUGCGCUUUCAGGCGCCGCCAGCGGCGUCCCCUCGCCCGCCGCGUAACAGAGCAGAGCCCGAAGCCCGCAGGCCCGCAGAGCCGGCUCGGUCCCGCAUGCCCGGUUCCGCGGCGGGCAGGUGCCUCAGGCCAGGGCGAGGAGCCGGCUGGUGGGCCGGGCCGGGUCCCCGCACCCUCUCCCCCCGCGCGGCUGGGGGAGCGGAGCGGCCGCGUUUACCUGGCUCGUCCGGGGCGGCCGCGAUGGGCAUGGCUCAGGGGCCCGGGGAGGAACUGGCUCCCCGGGGAAGGACCGGCUACUCGGACGUAGAGCUGGCGAGAGCGGAAGGCAGGCUGUCCCCAGCCCUGUCAGCGCAGCAGCGCCAUGGACGCCCACCCGGAGUUUCAGCGCUGCCGCGGGACCCCCAUCCCACUACCCUCCGCCCUCUUCCGCCGCCGCCUCCUCCGCCUCCUCCUCCGCGGAGACCCCCGCCCACUCCACACACUCUCCCAUCAUGCAGCGGGGGAACCGCUGCCGCCGAUACGUCACUUCCGGGCGCAGGUGGCUAG